AUGUACGGACAUGCAGUUGCAAUUGGGGAUGGAUUCAUAGCCAAGUCGAUGGGAUUCAGAAACACAGCAGGGCCGGAGGGACACCAGGCAGUGGCUCUACGAGUGCAAUCGGACAUGUCUGCAUUCUACAACUGCAGAAUGGAUGGGUAUCAAGACACUUUGUACGCACAGACACAUCGCCAGUUCUACCGUAACUGCGUCAUCUCAGGAACAGUGGAUUUCAUAUUCGGAGAUUCAGCUGUAGUUAUACAGAACUGUUUAAUCAUAGUGAGGAAACCAAUGGACAACCAGCAGAACACAGUGACGGCACAAGGGAGAACUCAGAGCAAGGAGACCACCGGAAUAGUGAUACAAAACUGCAGAAUAGUACCAGAGCAGAAAUUGGAACCACUGAGGUUCAAAAUACCGACUUAUCUGGGAAGGCCGUGGAAGAAGUACUCAAAGACGAUAAUAAUGGAGUCUACACUUGCGGAUUUCAUACAGCCAGCAGGGUGGAUGCCUUGGAGUGGCAACUUUGCAUUGGAUACGUUGUAUUACAGGGAGUAUGCAAACAAGGGACCUGGGGCACCAACCGAUAAGCGGGUCAAGUGGAAAGGAUACAGUGUCAUAACAAACAGGGACGAUGCUCUUCAAUUCACUGCUGCCCCUUUCAUCCAAGCCGACCAAUGGCUGACCACCACUGGUGUGCCUUACUUUCUUGGCCUCAAAAACUGAUCGUCCGUCCGAGUUUCAUUCCAUCCCCACUUCAUCUGUCAACCUAUACACGCACAUUCACAUUACAUUUUUCUCUCUUUUUUUCACAGUCGACCUUUUUAUUCAACCAACGUAGUCCGUAGAUGUUCAUUUGAUGUAACCUUAAUCACUUCUUUUUCCCCUUAAUUAGCAAACAACAAGCAAUAUGUAGAUGCUUGAGGAGGUGUACAAAGAUUGUCCUUUUAAGGAUGAUUAAACACUCCGUAAAGUACAUGUUUUAUUUUCGUCACCAUUGAUUUAUUAAAGGAAUUUUGACAAUAAUGACAGCAAAACAUUAUGAAAACCCAGGCAUGGAUUCUUCACAAUAUAAUCGAACUACAUCCCUUAGUACCUCCUAUUCUUGUAGCAUGCCAAAUCCAACGAGUUCAAAA